AUGAGGAAUAUAGAAACUUUCGUCCUCACAGAUAAGUAUGCAACUUGUUAUCCCAAAUGCAAAAAUGAUGGGGAGUGCCUCAGACCUGGAAAAUGCCAAUGUCCUCCUGGCUAUGGGGGUAGAUACUGUCAUAAAGUGAGCUGUGAAGGAGGCUGUCAGAACGGAGGGCAGUGCAUCUCUGUCAACGGCAUCGUGAAGUGCCUCUGUGCAUCUGGCUGGACGGGAUCAAGGUGCCAGGAAGCAAUUUGUCCUCAAGGCUGUCGGAAUAACGGGGCUUGCGUGGCUCCUGGGAUUUGUAGCUGUCCCGCUGGCUGGGUCGGUGGAGCAUGUCACUUAGCCGUGUGCAAGCUGCCCUGCGAGCACGGAGGGAAGUGCGUAGCUCCAAACACGUGCCGGUGUCGACCGCCCUACUCCGGUCUCCAGUGCACAAAGAAAAGGAAGGAAUGAAGCGGCCUCAGCAAAGACGAGCUCCGUUU